GCCUGGUCAGCUGCACCCUGUUCCUGGCCGUCCACGGUCUCUACUCCUCCGGUGAUGCUGUCAUCGAGCUGACGCCGGCCAACUUCCAGCGAGAGGUCAUCCAGAGCGACAGCCUGUGGCUCGUGGAGUUCUAUGCGCCCUGGUGCGGUCACUGCCAGAGGCUGGCGCCUGAGUGGAAGAAAGUGGCGAGUGCACUGAAGGAUGUUGUAAAAGUCGGGGCUGUCGACGCAGACAAACACCAGUCCUUGGGCGGCCAGUAUGGUGUCCAGGGUUUCCCCACCAUCAAGAUCUUCGGAGCCAACAAAAACAAACCGGAAGAUUAUCAGGGCGGCAGGACUGCAGAGGCCAUCGUGGAUGCCGCACUCAGUGCCGUGCGGCAGCUGGUGAAGGACCGGCUAAGCGGCCGCGCCGGGGGCCAGAGCUCCGGAAGGCAGGGCAGGGGCGAGGGCCCGGGUAAGAAGGACGUGAUCGAGCUGACGGACGACACCUUUGAUGGGAAUGUGCUGGACAGCCCCGACGUGUGGAUGGUGGAGUUCUACGCCCCGUGGUGCGGACACUGCAAAAAUCUGGAGCCCGAGUGGUCCGCUGCGGCCACGGAGGUGAAGGAACAGACGAAGGGCAGAGUGAAGCUGGCGGCUGUGGAUGCCACUGUGAAUCAGGUCCUGGCGAGCCGCUAUGGGAUCAGGGGUUUUCCCACAAUCAAGAUCUUCCAGAAAGGUGAGGACCCCAUUGACUACGAUGGUGGGCGGACACGGUCUGACAUUGUCUCCCGGGCCCUGGACCUGUUCUCCGACAACGCCCCGCCCCCGGAGCUCCUGGAGAUAAUCGGUGAGGACGUGGCCAAGAAGACGUGUGAGGAGCAUCAGCUGUGCGUGGUGGCUGUGCUGCCCCACAUUCUGGACACCGGAGCGGCCGGCAGGAAUGCUUACCUGGAAGUUCUUCUGAAGUUGGCAGACAAAUACAAGAAGAAAAUGUGGGGGUGGCUGUGGACGGAGGCGGGUGCCCAGUCGGAGCUGGAGAGUGCGUUGGGCAUAGGCGGGUUCGGGUACCCGGCCAUGGCCGCCAUCAACGCGCGCAAGAUGAAGUUCGCCCUGCUCAAGGGCUCCUUCAGCGAACAGGGCAUUAACGAGUUCCUCAGGGAACUGUCUUUCGGGCGAGGCUCUACAGCACCUGUGGGCGGUGGCAUCUUUCCUGCCAUCAUUUCCAGGGAGCCCUGGGAUGGCCAGGACGGCGAGCUACCAGUGGAGGACGACAUUGACCUCAGUGAUGUGGAGCUGGACGACUUGGAGAAGGACGAGUUGUGAGGGCCACAUCCAAGGCACGACCCAGUUCUUUUCCUAGGGCGCAAGCAGCUUUUUCUCGCAGUGCAGGUGCGGCCUUGUCACGUGGACUUGCUGGUGGUCUUUACCCGUCCCAGCCGGCCGGCCACAGGAAGGCACGGCAGCCGUGCACUCUGCGUCUCAAGAACACACUGAAAAAUUCUGUGAAUUGUAGCAGCAGGUCGGGUGUGCUGUACUGCAUAAUGUUUUGAAGAAAACUGGGCUGCCGACAGUUCCCCCUCCAGCUGCUGCUUGAAUAUUCCCGGAGGCUGUUUCUUACACGUAGGUUUUUUAAAAUGUGAUUCUUUUAUUUGGAUAUUAAUGGCUUUUUCCAUUAAAGAAUAAAACAGUAUUUUGGCCAAUGCCGAUAAAUGUA